AUGCGACCACGUUUAAUUAUCCUCGUUCGUCAUGGACAAUCGGAAGCCAAUGUUGAUAUUUCUAUUCACCGUUGGGUUCCUGAUCACAAAAUCAAAUUGACAAAAGUGGGUGUGGAACAGGCCCUUGAAGCCGGACAUCGUCUUAAUAAAUUGCUUAAACCUGACGAGGUUGUGCAGUUCUAUGUUAGCCCUUAUUUAAGAGCCAGACAAACAUUUGAAAAUAUGUCUAAAGCAUUAGACAAAAGAAGGUGGAAGUAUUGUGAAGAACCAAGAUUGAGAGAACAAGAUUGGGGAAACUUUCAAGGACCACCUGAAGAAAUGGCAAGGAUCAAAAUGGAAAGGAAAUCUUAUGGUCACUUUUUCUAUCGUAUACCGAAUGGUGAAAGUGGUGCUGAUGUAUACGAUAGAAUAUCAACUUUUCAAGAGACAUUGCACCGUGCUUUCGCUUCUCCCAGUUUUCCUUCGGUUCUGGUAAUCGUCACUCAUGGAUUACUAUCAAGGUUAUUUGUGAUGCGUUGGUUUCAUUGGUCCGUAGAAGAAUUCGAAUCAUUAAACAAUUUAUGUACCUGUGAAUUUGUGAUCAUGGAAAAGAAUCAAGAAACAAACAAAUACAAAUUGACGACAAGUUAUAACAUUGAAGCAGAAGCAGGAGAAGAGUUCAGCAGCGAAGAUGUUAUGGAAGAUGCAUCAGAAUCAGACGAGCAAAGUUUGAAUUCUUCGUCGCUUAGUGUAAAUGAGGUAGUGAAGGAAAACUUAAAUGAUUGA